AUGCAAAAGGCGAUAGCAAACAAAUGUGGAGAACCUUUAAAGAUCUCAAUAACAAACAUGUACACAUUGAUUAGGUACAUGUCUUUAGAAAUUAAUGGCUGUGACACUGCAGAUAAUAAAUUGAACAAUUAUUUUAUCAAGAGUGUAACUGAUAUAGUAAGCACUAUACCUUCAAGAAAUAAGGAAGCAAUAACGGCAGCAGUGCCUUUAGAAGAGGAUUUUUGGAGGUUUCAAGAAAUUUCAUUGAAAAACCUACGCAAAACUGUUUUUCAAUUGAAGAAAAAAUCCACUGGUGUUGAAGCACAUACAUGCAUUUUCGUGAAGCAAUUGUUUGAUGUAAUUGGCUACCCCCUUUUUAAUAUUGUAAACACAUCGCUCAGAACAGGAAAGAUGCCUUCGUUGAAGAGGAGUAUUAUAGUUCCAGUACCAAAACAAACAAUCCACCUGAGCCAGAAGACUUGCGACCCAUCAAUCGUAUUCCAGUCGUCGAGAAAGUUAUAG